UUGUCAGUAAGAGCUCACUGAUUGUCUUCAUGAUGACCAUCAUCUCUCUGCUCCUGCUGGCCUCUCUGCUGCCACACCUGACCUUCACUGCUCAUGUGGGUGUAGUGAACGGCAGUGAAGCAAAACCCCACUCCAGACCUUAUAUGGUUUCUGUCCAGGCUUUUGGGCAACACUACUGCGGUGGAUUCCUUAUCUCUGAUGAGUUUGUCUUGACUGCUGCACAUUGUUGGAAAGGAUUUGGGACUCGGAUGGUUGUGGUUGGUGCUCAUGACUUAAGCGACAGUAAUACUUUGAAGCGAAUCGGAGUGAAGGACUACUUCCCACAUCCAAACUACAAAAUUAGUCCUAUUCAGAACGACAUCAUGCUUUUGAGGCUACAGGAAAAGGUCAAAAUAAACAACGAUGUUAAAUGGAUAGCAUUACCAAAGGAUGGAGAAAAUGUUCAGGAAAACACUCUCUGUAGUGUUGCAGGCUGGGGGGACCUGUGGACUGAUGGCGAACCGAGUAGUCGUCUAAUGGAGGCAAACGUGUAUUUAAUGAAUAACAGAGAAUGUUACAAUAGGUGGGGAGAGAUUUACUACUCGCUCUCACAGAUGAUGUGUACAUAUGGCCAUGGUGGAUUCUGCAGUGGAGAUUCUGGGGGUCCUUUGGUUUGUGGAGACACUGCAGUUGGUGUCGUAUCAUAUCGUUACAUUGCUCUCUGCAAUUCACCUGAGAAACCUAAUGUGUAUACUAAGAUUUCAGCAUAUCUUCCAUGGAUCCACCAAAUCAUUAGAAACGUUAAGUGACUUCAUGAAAAA